UAAGCAGCCGAGUAGGUGGAGCAAAGAAACAGAAGAAGCUAAGCUCCAAAACGGCGAAACAUAUCAACUACGUGUUCGAGAAGAAAAAGAAGGCGGAUGAGGUAAAAAGCUUUAAUAGCAUAAAGAGGAGGAAGCUGAAGGAGGUGCCUUCUUCCCAGUUUCACUUCAUUUGCCACCUUAAAAAUGGGGAAGUGCAAUCUGCGCGAAGGGGGAGCGUUUCGCUGCUAAGGGGGGCGCUGCCUCCCUCGGGACAGGCGCAGCUUCCGUGGGGCGAGGUGACCCCAAAUGGGGAAGCCACGAUUGGUGAAUCGCUCCCAAUUUGGGAAAACCGCCCAAUUGGUGAAUCGCUCCCAAAUGGGGAAAUCCGCACUGCCGGGGAGGCGUUCCAAUUCUUCCCGCGCGCAACGAUCCGGCAAGACAGGAGGGAGAAGGACCUGAAGAACGCGAGUGCGCUGAGCAGCAUCGUCCAUUUGGGGAGAAACAAAGACAUAUGCAACACCUAUCUUAAAGGCACCCUAAUCAACAUAUACCACGAGGAAAAUCACAACAACGUAAUCCUAAAAAUGAUGAAGGAACUGCAACACACAUACACUUAUAUGAACAGCCGACAAAUAAGCUUAAUUAUUUAUAACCUCUACCAGUACUUCUUCACCCAAGUAGUAAAGCAAAUUCACGGAAAGGAUAACCCUUCGAAUUAUGAAUGGUACUUAAGGUUAUUUUACGUUGUUGACGAUGGCCUUUUCGUGACCCCCAGGAAUAAGGGGGAGAGGUAUCAAACCGAUAUGCCGGUGGACAACAGUUUGAUGAGAAAUCUCCUCAUAACGUUGUCGAGAAAUGUGAAAACGUACAUGCAUUGUGAAGAUGACCUAAAUACACUAAGCAGGAUCGCUUUCGUUUAUUCGUACUUCUGUGUGAGGGACAAUACCCUUGUGGAGUUACUCAUUCGUAAAAUUUUCCAAUGUAUGCAUAUGAAAAAAAAUAAAAAAAUAAAAUAUUUUUCGCUAGCUGCUUUGGCCUUCGAAAAGUGGAAAUUGUACAGCGUCAAAUUUAUGCAUGCGUACUCCUCCCUUUUGACUAAGACAGUUGACAAAUUGACAAGAAAAGGGGAAGGGGUACUUAUCAACCGGGAGAAGAAGAAGAAAAAAAAAAAAACGAAAUUAAAACAUGUCAACCUGUUCGAUGUGCACAAAAAGGAGAAAAAAAAAUUAUCACUCAUCAGUUUGAAAGACAUUCUGACGUACUUAUAUGUUCUGAAGAGGAACGACGUGAAGGACAAUAACUUUGUUGAGAGGCUGCUGCGAUACGCAAGCUUGUUUUGGGGAGAUGACUUGGGAGCACAGGGGUGCACCCCCGGGGAGUGUGUCUCCCUAUCUGUGAACAAAAAAAAGGAAAGCUUCAACACUGACACUGUUUCGCAAAAAAAUAAGCUCCUAACAAGCCCUGCAUUCCGUAGCGCCCUCUAUGCAAAUAGGAAACGACACAAAAACAGGAGUAACAUGUUGACGCUUUAUGCAUUGUAUAGAAUUAGUAAGCGUGCUGCCCGUCGAAGAGAGAUGCCCCUCAGUUGUUUUGCAAAUCGAGUUUGGCUGCACGGGGAUGGAGAGAAGGGACCAACCCCCCAUGAGGAGGGAGGGGAAAGCAACGUACCGAUGCAUAACAAACCCGUCGAGCUAAGCAUAAAGAGUUGGCAGAAUGACCCGCGUGAUAGUACGCCCAGCGAGAACAGCAGCGCAUUUUCCCCAGCCGAUUACGGACCAGAGUCCACUGUCUUCAUCAACAAGCAGCGCACGUGGGUUAGUUUCUACAAAAAGGAAGUCAUCCCCAUGACAGUUUUUCUGCACCACCUGACUCGAUAUUAUUACACAUUUUUAAAAAAAAAAGAGGACUUUUCAAAAUUGACAAAGCUGUACAGGGAUGUACUCCUCAACAGUGACCUCACGAAUCUUCACUUUUUUUACACCCACAAAAUUGUAAGCGUUGUCAGACACACAGAUGAUAUAUGUAGCAACUUGAUAUCCACGUCGUUGUACACGUCCGCUGUGCACAAAUGCAAACGAUAUAUUGCUUUAAAAAAUGCGGGCGUUUUCUCCGACGUAUGUGCUCAGAACGUAUGCGCUUGUGUUGUGAUCCUCUACAUACAAGUUUUGAAAAAUAAAAUAAAAGAUGACCCCUUAACCGAAGCGUUAAUUGAGUUCUUGGUCAAAUUUUUUUCAACGUGUCAGCCUGAACAAGUUACUCAUCAAUUUUUAAUCCCUCCUCUGAAGCUGCUAAGCAUGUUGCAAUGUCUCCGUGUGAAAGUAGGCCCACGUGACGACAAACGUUACGUUGUGAUGGAGGCUAUGGACAAAACAAAUGGAGUAACAAAGAAGAGGAGCAAUGUGGAUCAGCUUCCAUCCCGUAAUACGAACAAUCAAAUCGAUGAACAAAAAAACAACGUUAAGUCAAACGGGAAAAAUGCGUUACCAUCACGUAAGACGAAAUUGCAACUUUUAAACGGAACAAUUUUGACAAUUUUAAAAGGGCUAAACUGGAACAACGUGGAUAAUUUUUUGCUGCUCAAAAGUUACAAAUACAUGAACAGACUAGCUGGGCAGGAAAAAAAGGCAAAGUUUUGUAUGAACAUAGUCAGGCAAAAAAAUCAUUUGUUGUGCAACAAAAUAACCCACGCGGUGAAGGUAAAAGUGCACGACUUCAAUUGUGAGGAAUUGAUGAAGGUCUACCUCUACAGCGGAAACAACUUUAAAAGGAAAACUCUCCUCUUGAGAAACUUCUUUACAAAUUUGUUGCUGUCAAAUGGGGGGAUUGUUCACAGAGGGGAUAACAACUUUUUUUAUGCUGUUUUUU